AUGACGGUCCUCUCCUCGUCGGGUGAGACGCUGCCGCAGCGCAUCGCACGAAGGGAAGCAGCAGUCAGGUCGCAGUGGAACGCCCUUGUCAAGGGACAGCAUGGCGACUUCCAACAGCGCUGGCUCGCUUCUGCGCAAGCAUCCUCUUCUUCCUCUUCAUCGAUACAUACACCACUGCGAUCGCUGCACUAUGCCACGUCUUUGGCGACGAUCGACCCGUCAUCAUCGACCUGGGCAUCUCAGCUGAAGGAGAAACGCAAUGACUAUGCUCGAAAGCGGCGCAAAGUGCUCAGAGCGCCCGAUGGUACGCUGCCCGAGGGGAUCGAGGACGAUCCAGCUGACGAACAGCAGGGUCGCCCAGCAGAUUGGACAGUCAACAACCCCCUUAGCUUAGAUGAGCAGAAUCCAUGGGCUCUGCAUCGCGCCUCUAUGGAGCUUCUGCAGACCAUAGAGACCGAUGUAUCUCGCUGUCUACCCGAAGUGGCGAGCCUGAGAGAUAUCUCCAUACAGCGGUCACUAGCCCACCUUCUCUUCGUAUGGUCCUCUCUGAAUCCUCGAAUUGGCUACCGGCAAGGCAUGCACGAGCUUGCAGGCGUGCUAUGGAUCGUCCGAGAAUCGGACAGUCUUACGCGAAGCAACAACGGCCAGUCCGACCCGGCAGGGGAAGUUCUGGACGAGCGCUACGUAGAGCAUGAUGCCUACGCGAUGUUCAAUGGGCUCAUGACCAGGAUAGAAGAAUUCUAUCAAUGGCAGGCAGCCGAAACAAACUCUACGGGCUCCAACACGGCCCCGCCAUACCAGCCUCCCAUCCUCCAGCGCUGUGCCAACGUUUCCUCCAGCCUAAAGAGGUGUGACCCGCUCUUAGCAGCUCACCUGUUCUCACUUGGCAUUGAGUCCCAGCUGUACCUCCUACGCUGGAUGAGGCUGCUCUUCCUGCGCGAAUUCUCUCUUGGAGCAACAUUGGAGCUAUGGGAUGUGAUUCUCAGUCAGCACGGUGGACCUCAACAGGACAGUCGGCUCGAAGCGGUAGAUUGGAUCUGCAUUGCUCUGCUCCUGCGCAUGCGCAAUCGACUGCUGGUUGAAGAUCAAGGAGAGGCGUUCCAGGCUCUCUUACAUCCUUCUCAGACCGAGCAAAGCGACGAAGAGGACAAAGCAGAGGCCCACACGGCCACGGCAUCUAGUUCUCGGUCGAGUCCUUCGCGGGCACCUGGCCGCUCUCAUCAUCAUACACCUCUCCUCUAUACCCAGUCACUCGCCUUACGAGCGAACCCGAAUCCUCAGACGGGCGUGCAGUGCGUCUUUCAGAAUGCAGAGCUGCUAGGCAUUCCCAUCGCGCCGCCUCCCAUCAGCAGCGAACGGUCAGACACAUCGCCAAAUGCAAGGGUCAAGUCCGCAACACUGCCUCACGCUGCAAGGAAAGCUCGCGUCCCACUUCCGCUGACUCCCGACAUGAUCCCGGAAGGACUCAGUGAGCUAGCUCGGAACGUCUACACCAGCUAUGCGUCUGCCAGGCCGGACUCUGCCUUCUUUGCGACUGCUCAGAGACUUGCCACUGCCUAUGGGGCUGGCAAGCGAGCAGACGACAGUCGUGGCGACGGCGGAGGGUUUCCAGAGCGGUCUAGAUUGGACGAUCUCGAGAGGCGGCGCAGGGAAGGGGAGCGAGGCGGAGGCAUAGUGCAAGCCCAGCAGCAGAGCGGGGACGAAGCUAGCAAAGGUACACCAACUGCCCCGGUCGCAGUGAGGGACAGAGACGGCAAGAUGGGGGAGGCCCUGGCCGCUGUCAUCUCUGCGCUCGAGAAGGACUGGCAAGGUGAGCAAUCGCUGCCAUCUCAGGAGGCUACUCCUGCUUCACCCGCCGCAUCGCAGAAGCAGGCCCGCUACUUCUCAGCGCUAGCUACGCUCAAGCACAUACGGGAUGUUCUGACAGGCCGCGAGGCAGGAUUCGACGAGGCAGGCAUGAAGGCUACUCUUGCGGCUUUACAAGAGAGCAAUGCAGGUGAAAUCGAUGGGACGGUCACGUUGAGCUCCAAGACAGACUCAAAAUCAGCAAACGUAUCGUCGACUUCACCAGCCUCGCGACUUGCUGAGUCGCCUGCCGAGCCUCCCUCAGAGGCCCAUACCGAACCGUCCUUGGUGCAACAGCACGUCUCCACAUCGCGUCCCCGCAAUCCUCCACCCGCAAAGGCGCCUUCGCCUACUCUCCCUGCGCCAGCCAAAUCAGAAGAUCACACCGCUCGCCGACCUUCCACCCAUGGCCAGGCACAAGCCGCAGUGCUUCAGGAUUCCCAAAGGAGUGCAGCAGGCGGCGGGGAUCCGCUUGGCGUCUUGUGA